AUGCUUGAACAAAAGAUUGUAUCCUUUGAGCCAGGAGACGGCUUCAGCAUUGUCGGUGCUAAUAUCUUUGCCGACGAAGAAGACUUCCCAGGCGUGGUCAUUGCGGCAUCCAACCUGUCUCAAGACUUUACAAAGGUCAUCGGGCAUCAAUCCAAUCCCAUUGUGAAAACUGGCCCUUCGCCUUCCCCGGGCAAAUCCUGUAUUGUUAUUGGCUCUCUGGACAAAUCCCCGACAAUUCGGUUCCUGAGAGACCAAGGAAAGAUUGAUCCCAGUCGGAUUGAGGGAAAAUGGGAGUCGUGGAUGACGACAAUUGUGCGCAAUCCUUUUGAUGGCUACGACAAUGCUUUGGUCAUUGCUGGAAGUGAUAAGAGAGGAGCUAUUUUUGGCACCUAUUCUCUCUCGGAACAAAUUGGCGUAUCACCAUGGCAUUGGUGGGCUGAUGUACCUCCAAAAAAGCAGCAGCAGAUUGUUGCUUUGCCCGUAACCACUUUCAACGGAGAGCCCAGCGUCAAAUUUCGGGGCAUCUUCAUCAACGACGAGUGUCCGGGGAUGGACAGCUGGGUCCACGAAAAGUUUGGCCCCAAUUUCGAUUCAAAUCUGUAUCAUUACAUCUUUGAACUGCUCUUACGUCUCAAAGCCAACUUUAUGUGGCCCGCAAUGUGGAGAGGAUAUCCUUACCCUGGCCGGUCUUUCUUUGUGGAUGAUCCCAAGAAUCAGGAGCUUGCAGAUACAUAUGGUAUCGUGAUGGGCACUUCGCACCAUGAGCCAAUGCAGCGGGCCAUGAACGAGUGGUCUACUACGCAACCCGAGGGUACCUGGAACUGGGACACAAACAAGGCAAAGGUUACUCAAUACUUUAAAGAAGGUGCAGAGAGGGCGGUGCCUUAUGAAUCCUACUUCACCAUGGGGAUGAGAGGCGAAGGCGAUGUACCAAUGACGGGCGGCGACCCUGUCAAGAUCCUUACCGACGUGCUGGCUGUCCAGAGAGACAUUAUCAAGAAGAACUAUGGAAAGGAAGACGGAGUUUUGCAACUCAUGGCUCUCUAUAAAGAAGUCCAGGGAUAUUACGAAAAGGGGCUCGUUAUCCCCGACGACGUGACACUGUUAUUCGGAGACGAUAACUUUGGAACCAUUCGCCGCCUUCCAACGGAGGAAGAGAAUAAGAGGUCUGGAGGAUCGGGCUACUACUACCAUUUCCAAUACACAGGCUAUCCGCGCUGCUACAGAUGGAUCAACAGCAACACUCUGGGUAAAGCUCUUCAUCAGCUCCAGUUGGCUCACUAUCGGGGCGCCAAUCGUAUAUGGAUCUUCAACGUUGGAGAUCUAAAGCCUGUCGAGAUUCCCAUGAGCUUCGCAUUUGACCUAGCCUGGGAUGUCAAUUCCAUCACGGCCACUACACUGCCGCAGUACUUUGAACACCUUGCUACACGUGAAUUUGGCGAAAAAUACGCAAGCCAGAUUGGAAAGUCCUGGUACGAUUUUAAUAAACUGGUGGCAAUACGUAAGCAAGACCACAUCGAUGCCUCUACGUUUGUCAUUCAGAAGUACCACGAAUCUGAUAACAUCCUUGCGCGGUGGGGCAAACUCAUGGAGGAAGUUGAAGCCAUCUACUCACAUAUGGAGGAGGAUCAAAAGUCGGCUUUUUUCCAGCUCGUGCUUCAUCCCGUAAAGGCCACCUACAUUUUCACUCAAGUGCGUGUGGCUCAGUAUACAAAUCAACUUUUCGCCAAGCAGCGCAGGAACACGACCAAUGUCUUGUUAAAAAAGUGCAUUAGCCUCAUGGAUGACGAUCAUGAUUUGUUCGAGGAGUUCAAUUCCAUCUCGGAUGGCAAAUGGGAUCUCAUACUUCGUCAGCCGCACUACGGCUAUGGCGAUACCGGCGCGGAGCCCUCACGCAACAUGAUUGACGGGCUUUGUUACGUGCAAACUAAAGAGGACUCGAAUCCGAGUGUUGGUCAUAUGGGAAUAGCCGUGGAAGGCAUUGAGGGCAUCAACGCCGGUCAUAUCAAUGAGGAUUCGGAUAGAACUCAUCCAUCCCGCGGAGGUCUCGAACCUGGAGUGACCCUUCCGUUCAUCACUCCUUAUGGAGAACAGACUCGCUACUUUGAGGUAUUCCACCGUGGUACAAAGGAGUUUAGCUGGAAGGCCAAGCCACAGUAUGACUGGAUCAAACUGUCCACGUACGAAGGCCAUCUCAACCCUCGAGAUGAUGAUAUCAGAGUCAUUAUUACCAUUGACUGGGCGAAAGUGCCUGCUGAUUUUGAUGCCAAGGUCAUGAUUGAAAUUACUGGCACUCGUGAUGGCUACGAGCAGGUUCAUAUGACUGUCAGGAACAAUCGUGUUCCGGCUGAUUUUGAAGGUUUUGUCGAAGAGAGCGGCCACCUGGCCAUUGAUGCCGGGAAUUAUGUCACAGAGCCCUAUAUCCAGCUGCCUGCUCUCGGUCGGCCAAUUGCCGGAGCCGUCACGCUCCCCUUCGAUACCGAUUUCAGCAAGCCGGAUGAGAUUCCAUUUCUCAAGUAUCCGAUUUACGUCUUUUCCCAGCACGAUAAUACCAAUCUCGAGCUUCAAUUCAACAUGACGCUUGAAACAGAAAAGACGAAGCGGAUGCAGUAUGAUGUGCGCUUUGACGGUGGAUCCAUCAAAACAUAUCGCCUUACCGAGGAUGAAUCGAAUGCCGAGGACACUCCUAAGAACUGGGCCGCCGCUGUCAUGGACUGCGUCUGGAAAAAAGGGCACAACUUGGGCACUGUGAAGAAGGGUAGCCACACGAUUGAGGUGCGGCUUAGGAGCCAGAAUGUCUGUCUAGAGAAGCUGAUUCUUGAUCUUGGGGAUUUGCGAUAUACGUAUCUGGGGCCGCCGCAGAGUGACUUUGUUAAGGAGGGGAAGAGUAAUGGUGUAGACGCUAUUGGACAUAUGGAUCGCUUGGAGAUUGACUUGGGCUUUUAA